CUCGAGUAUGGUAUAGUUUUGACCACUAUUUUCGAUUCAUUAAUUAAAUACUCGGAAUGCUCACCUCUCUUCGACGGUCUUUUCCCCAGCUGAGACAAAGAUGGGCACCGCUCACCUUCUCGAACCCCAACUGUGCCCGCAUUUCUGCACUUCAGGCAAUUGAAGAAGAAACUAUUCCAGAUUAUAUUGCAACUUGGUACUACCCUACUCAGAUAGGAGAAAAUUUGAAAGACCGAUAUCAAGUUGUGGGAAAGCUGGGUUAUUGCCGUUAUGUUGCGCUAAAGGUCUUCAUUAAUUCAACAUCGAUGGGGCAGCAACUGGAUGACGAGCUUAAUAUAUACAGAAGUAUAGAAGGAGCGUCACAGAAGUGCUCACAUCCGGGUCACAAGUAUAUAAGAUCAUUACUUGACACUUUUGAUAUUGAUGGGCCCGAAGAAAAACACAGAUGCCUUGUACAUCCGCCAUUGUGGGAGAGCGUGUUGGCCUUUUUAUUCCGAAAUCCGAUACAAAGACUACUUACACCAGUUUUAGCCGUUGUGCUCCACCGUCUCUUUCUGGCAUUGGACUAUUUGCAUACGGCGUGCAAUAUCAUACAUACCGAUAUCAAGGCCGACAAUCUCAUGUUUGGCAUUGACGACGACUCGGUCUUCCAUGAUUUCGAAGCGAAUGAGCUUCAGCAACCCUCCCCUAGGAAGGAGCUGGAUGGCAGAACGGUCUAUAUCUCGAGGGAGCUUCGCAUGCCGAAAAGAUUAGGCCCCCCUGUCUUGAGUGACUUUGGCUCAGCUGUGUUUGGGGAUGAAGAACACACGGAAGACGUUCAACCUGAUGUCUACCGAGCACCAGAGGUAAUUUUACAGGCUCCCUGGACAUAUAGUAUUGAUGUAUGGAAUGCGGGAUGCAUGGUUUGGAAUCUUUACGAAGGCGGGUCCUUGUUCAGUGGUUACGAUCCAGAGUUUCAAGCUUAUCGGAGUCGAGCCCACCUGGCGGAAAUGAUAUCCCUUCUCGGUCCUCCACCACAGAGUUUUAUUGCACGGGGGCAAUUGACCAAAAAGUUCUUCUCGGAGGAAGGUACCUUUUCCGCUGGUAUCCCAAUUGAGAAACGUGUUUCGCUUGAAGAAAGAGAAAGCAGUCUUGAAGGAGUGGAAAAAGAGAAAUUCCUGUGUUUAGUACGAAAAAUGCUGCAGUGGGAGCCAGGAAAGCGAAGCUUCUCUAAGGCCUUGAUCGAGGAUGAAUGGUUGCAAAGAGAGCUACAUAAAUAG